CGUGGAUGUUUUGUUGGUCGUCACUAGCGGAUCAAUCGUCGAAAAUGAAGGUGCUCGCAAUAAUACUAUUCGUUGGCUGCGUUGCCGCCAAUCCGAUUGCGGACGAUGACAAGAAACCUAUUGUGAUUGACGAGAGAUUCUACCCAAAAGAAUGGGAGGUCUACAAAAGUGACCAUGAUAUAGUCAGCAUCCUCGUACCAUUAAACUCCAUCAAUUUUGAGGAAGAUACACCGGAUGAGAAGGAAAGCAAUGUCGUUAUGUUCUUUUCUGAAGCUGACAUUGUAGAUGGCAAACGAGUGGACAAAGGCGUAUAUGUAUUCCAAAAUAAGGUGGCAACAAAGGUUUUAGAUAAUGGCAGAGAUAUGGCUGCUUCGGGAGAUGACAGCAGACUAGUAUUCAUAGCCGCCAGCGAUGGACUUUACGUGUACAAAGAGGAAACAAAAACCGCUGAAAAAUACGGCACAAUCAAUGAUGAUAUCAUCGGUUUAGCUAAAGAUAAAUCUGGUGAUGUUAUCUACAUUCUAACAGCCAAUAAGGAAGUGUACAAAGUAACUGACGACGGUAAAGCUAAAGAAAAAAUUUUAGACAAAGCGGAUCAAAUCGUUCUGGAUUAUGAAAGUAAUCUUUAUUAUACUAGCGAUAAUAAAGUAUAUGUCCUUAAAGGUAACGAUAAGAAAGAAAUAAAUAUACCACAGGGUGCUGUUACCUUGAUUAAGCCACCAUACGUGCUGGACGAAGGUGUACCUUGUGUGGUAGACGAUAAAGCCUACAUCGUGUACCCUAAUGGUACCAGCGAAGUGUACGGAGUGGAAUUCAAGCCAAACUUUAAGCCAACAGCUUAUGCUAUGGAAGCUGCCUUAUUACAAUAUCAUGCUCACGACAAAGCUAUUUACGAAUAUAAUUUGGUUAAAGUCAUUGAAGAAAACAUAGUCAGUUUGGACAGUGUGUUUGGCGAUAAGAAAAGUGAGCUGCGCUCUAUAGCUACAAGCAAAAAAACUUUCAACUGAAUUGCUAAAAAUAAUCUAGAUAGCGGUUUCACAGUAAGACAGGACUUUACUAAAGAAGAUCACAUUUUCAUUGCAAGAGUAUUAUGAAAUUAAAAUGUUAUCUGAUUGAAA